CUCUCCGGUAAAGCUUUACAAAAGCGAUAGUUAUCCGUCUAUUAUUCGGAAUGUCAUUAUAGACUAAUAAUGAAGUAAUGAAGUGCUCAGAGUAGAGGUGGGUGGCAUGAUGACAUAUCAUAGAGAGACGUUUGGUUAUGUAUGAUGACGUUUCAUAUAUGUAUACACGAUAUUUCAUUAUUGAUGUCAUGUCCUGAUGCUUCGUUGUUUCGGUUUGAUCAGUGGGAACAAACAAAAAACAGCCAUAAUUACCACAUUUAAGCAAUACUAUCAAAAACUGUAAUCUUUAAAAAAAAAAAUUUUGUUAUUAAUUGAUUUUUUUUGUUUAUUUAUGAAAGGGCGUAAUCCCUUUGGGUUUUGUGUUUACAUGUUGAAGUAGUAGCUAGAAACAGAUUUUUGAGACUUCCCAGUUUGUCGUGUUUUUUGCUCGCUCACUUGGAUUAGAGGGGUUAAUGGGCUGGUCAGCAACAUUAUCGCUUUGUCCGAUUCUGUCGUCUGGGGUCACAGAGCAGUGCUGUGUGUUUGGUCGGUGAAGCCGUCCCACAGGGGCCAGGGCAUCGCCAAAGCCCUGUGCUGUAUCGUUGUAGACUUUACCCAAGAUCAGGGUUGUCCAGCUGUGGUACUGUACACCUCGAGCGUCCAGAUUGAUGCUCAGAAGCUCUAUGAGUGUAUGGGCUACAAGAAGGUCAGAGCGUUUGCUUCUACAGUGCUCUUCUCUAGGAUCACCAAAAUCAUGGUAAUGAAGUACAUGCAGCGAGGACGCUGAAAGUUUUCUAAAGAAGCUUUGCUCUGUUCACUCAUUUCACGCUGGUUUACAGCAUUGUAUUGUGCAAAGUGGACUUUAUGAGUAUGGAGACAGUCAACUGUAAUAUUUUUAGCAGUUUACUGAAGAAUGAAAAUAUAUAUAUGACACAAGUUCAGAUUGUGAGGCAUGAAAUUAAGGUUAGUCAUUCGCCGCUUGGCUGAGUGUGCAGUUUGAUUUUAACCAUUUAAAACAGCCUUUAAAAGCUUGAUUCUAAUACAUAAGCAGCCUAACAUUGUUUGACAUUUUCUCUUUAUCUUUCUGUCACUGGGUAUGAAGCUUCUAUGCAAAGUGUAAUUAUCCAUUUCAUGUAUAUAAUUCUAAACAAAUUAUGUCCCCAGUAACAGUGAUAGCAAACCUCUGUGCUACAUGUUAUGUAAUUAUUGCACUCUUGGUUGUCUGUGUCUGAAACUAAUUAAAAUCUCUUUUGCAUUGACUAUAUUUUGACUGUGUUGUUACAAUAGAUUUGUCCUCAGUGGAAGCUCUAUCAUUUGACCAUGUUUUCGGUUUUUAGGCUGACCAACUUUGCGUAGGCAGUUUGAGGUGUGAGAAAGAUCAAGUGAUAAAAUUCAGGAAAUCUCAAGUUGUUGAAUCCAUCUUUCACUGUCUGCUUAGUGCUUCUUCUGCUGACAGUAGUAGAAAUGUUAUUACUGCUUUAGGCUCACAGCAGAUUUCCAGAUGUGGUAUCAGAUCCGUGAGUACUGUGACUCGGACUAUUCUGCAGUGCGGGAAGUUUACUCUACUGGAUUCAGAGAGCAUGUAGGAGCUAUAUAUGUCCACAUUCUGAGGCAGCACUGGGUUCAGGCUGUGCUGUUGGGACUGUACCUCCUCUUCAUCCUCUUCUCUGCCUCAUUCUUGGCCUCUCUGCUGUAUCUGGGUGGAGUCCUGCUGGCUGGCAGGUUGGCUGUCCAGUACUUCUUUGAACAGGGACUACAACUUGGGCUCAGAGAAGACCUGCAGGACAUUCAAGCCUCAUACAUGCAGCCAGGCCAGGUUAGUUGCUUCUGGGUAGCAGAAUCUAAAGGCUCUGUUGUGGGUACAGUGGCCUUAUUGCCAUGUGUGGAAGAGCCUGGAGCCUGGGAGCUAAAACGCAUUUCUGUGAGGAAAGAGUUCCGGGGUAAAGGCCUUGCGAAGGCACUGUGUUGGACUGCCCUGAGGUUUGCAGCCAGUCACAAGGUACGCAGAGUGGUGCUCUUCACCUCUCUAGUGCAAUCAGUUGCUCAUAAGCUCUACCACAAGAUGGGAUUCCACAAGGAGGAGGAGUUUGUGUGGCCAUCACUUCCUGCCAGACUGGUCAACUUCUUGGUAUUUAAAUAUGCAUGUAAGGUUAUGUGUGAUGAGGACUGAUGGAGUAAGAAGCACUGAACUCCUACUUGACCUACAGUAUUAAAUCAUGUUGCAUUCAAGACUAACUCAGAUUCUGGAGACUUGUAGGUUUGUAAAUGUCUGAUUAUCCAGUGUUUCUUCUGACAUCAAGGGUAUUAAUAGGGACUUCUUCUCCACUUUGCUGCAGUAACAGCCUCUUCUCUUCUGGGAAGACUUUAGAUGUUGGAACAUUGCUAUGAGGAUUAUAUUGCAGCCACAAGAGCAUGGUGAACCAGACCUACACAGAGUCAAGUGUUGCUCCUCCUGAGUGUCCCAUUCUAUUGGCAGUGUUUUCUGUGGAGAUUAAAUAAGAUGUGUGUGCACAAUUGAAUGGCUGUGUCAUCUAUAGGUGAACUGAAAUAGCUCAAUUCAGUAAUUAAAAGGUGUCUUAGGAUGUUUUUGGAUGACAUGUAGUGCAUUUCACUUACUGAACCAGUUCCUUAUGCUUAGUCCAAGUCAAAGCCUGCUCAAUAAAUUAAUGUUAUACCUUUAAAACACACUGCAGUAAAUAUUUAAUGUAUUGCUGUAAUCUUAACAACGUGUACCAAACAUUUAAUUGGAACUGUAUAUGUUUCUUUAAUAUACAGUGAGGGGAAACAAGUAACCAGACAAUUUGUUUUUGUUAUUGAAUAUAUUUCCAGUACAUAUGUCCAUAUCAAAUAUACAUGCAUGUCGUUUUUCUUUGUAUUUAUAAAUAUGAACAAAAAAUAUGAUAUAUAAUAUUUGCAAAGGUAAAAAAUAGGCAUAUUAAAGCUACAAAAAGCUACGUCUCAGCAAAUGGAACUGGAGCGUUAUACAUCAUCGAAGAAAACGUGAAUCUCUAUCAGGUUUGUUUUUUAAGCAUGUUUUUUUAUGCGUAUGAAUGUGUGUAAAUCUUAAGUGGGUAUAUGAACUGAAAGUAUAUUAAGUAAAUAAAAAAAAGUGGCUGAAUACUUGCUUCCCCUCCCUGCAGUUCCAUUACUCACAUAUACUGUUUACCAGGACUGCCUAACCCUGUUCGCGCUGCUUUACUAACCUUGCAGAUCUGGUCUUCAGCCCUGAUAUAACACACCCAAUCCUCCUUAUCAAAGAGGUCAGGAACAUUAGAGGUAGGUGAUUUGAAUGGUGUGCAAAAUUAUAGUUGGACCUACGCUUGUAAAAGGGUAGCUUUAUAGACGUAGGGCUGGGCCCUAGUCCUGCUGUAUAUCAAAGUAAUGUCUAAUUAAACUGUCAAUAUAUCAAUAAAACAUGCAUAUCUAUGUCUGUUACAGAUCA